CGCUAUUAUAACUAAAUUACUUCCUGCUUUAUGUAAAAAAGUUGACAAAAAGUAUAAUGUAUCACAACAAGAACUUCUUAAAAUGUUGCAUAGAAGGUGGCAUGCACAUCAUCGUGAAUAUAAUAUUAGAAAGCAAG